AUGGCGGCCUGCAUCGAUGAUAAUUUAGAAAUGGUUGAGUUUCUUGUUGAACAUGGCGCAGACAUCAAUCGACAAGACAAUGAAGGUUGGACUCCGUUACAUGCAACAGCCUCAUGCGGCUUUGUAAGCAUAGCACGUUAUUUGGUGGAACAUGGUGCCGAAGUUGCUGCUGUCAAUAGUGACGGCGAUUUAGCCGUUGACUUGGCUGUUGACAUACAACACUUGCCAAUGAUGGAUUUCAUGCAGAAAAUGGUUACUGAACUCAAUAUCGAUUGUGAGAAAGCGCGAAAAGCCGAAGAACAAUUAAUGCUCAAUGAUGCCAAAAAGUGGUUGAGAAGUGAUGCCUCCGAAGUAGAUCGACCACAUCCAAAAACUGGUGCAACAGCGCUGCAUGUAGCUGCAGCAAAAGGUUAUACAAAGGUAACCGCCGUUUUGUUUUUAUUAUUACAAAAUCUUCAAAUAAUAUUGGAGCUAAUCAAAACUUCGAGCAUUUUGAUUAAUGUUAAAGUAAACUUGUGUUUAAACACAGCCAGUCUCUUGAAUAUGCUUAAACACCAUAUUUCCAAACAGUAUUUGCAGUAA